GGGGAACGUACUCUGUAAAUGUAAUAAAUGUCAACCGUAACAUGUGCACAUGUUUGUUCUUUUGAGGGCUGCGAAAAGACGUUUUCACGGAAAGAUAGAUUAAUCAUUCAUUUGAGAACACAUACAGGAGAGAGACCUUACCUUUGUGAAUGUGGUAAAAGUUAUGCCAGAUCAACUCACUUGACCAGACACAAGGAAACUGUCCAUGGUUCUACAGUAGCUCUAUCUUUGUUAUGUGAGGAAGAAGGCUGUAACCAGACAUUUUCAUCAAAACAGGCUCUGAAUAAACAUAUAAAAAGGAGGCAUGAAAAGAAACUGUAUGAGUGUACAUUUAAAGGCUGUAACAGAUAUUUCCACAAGCAUCAACAGCUGACUAUACAUGAAUAUGAACAUACAGAUGUCAAACCAUUCAAGUGUAUUUUUAAAGAUUGUGAGAAAAGAUUUUUGUUACCAAGUAAGCUAAAACAACACAUGAAGGUUCAUUCAGGAUAUCAAUGUAACCAUGAUGGAUGUGAAGAAGUAUUUGACACCUGGACCCAACUUAGACAGCAUAGAUAUCUACAGCAUCCCACAUUGCACAUAUGUACAGAAUGUGACAAGACAUUCACACAGAAGAAUGCUUUACACCAACACCUGAAAAGUCACUGCGAAGAGAGAGAAGUGUAUACUUGUCCUAGACCUAACUGUGGUAGAACUUACUUGGAACAGAGAAAUUUGACGGCUCACAUCAAAUCUUACCAUGAAGGACACAGAUUCUGUUGUGAAUAUGAAGGCUGUGAUAGAAACUUCUCAACUAAACAAAAAUGUCAGAAACAUAUCCUCCUACAUCAAAUGAAAGGCACACUUCCUAAGAAAAAAAGUAGAAAAGGUGUAAAAAAGAAAACCUGUGCUGCAACAGUAACUGGAAUUGAUCCUAAAUUAACUAAAUGUGAAUCAACUGAAGAUCAUAUUUGUUUAUCAGAAUCAGAGAGUGUUCAUGAGGAAAAACAGAACCAGAAACAGGCUGAUCAUGUGACAGGAAGUGUGCAAUAUUUUACAGAAUCUCAUCUCUGUAUUUCUGAGGCUGGUGUACAUGAAAAACUUUUACCAGGUAGAAAGUCUGUGAAUUUAAAAAUCAUUAAAAACAAUGAAGGACUUCUACUCAAUGAAAGAGGUUUCAAUAUGGAUAUUUUGAAUAAACAUAAGGAAGAUGAACUAAUUGAUAAAGUUGUUGAAAUUAACAAUGAAAAUAAAAACUGUACCAAACAGGUAGAUGCAAAUGCUGAUAAAAUUUAUAAUAUUCCAGUAAUAGCUAGUAUUGAUCAUGCAGAAUUGUUUGGAAAUUCACAGAUGAAUUCUGGAUUAUGUAUAGGGGACAAUUGUUCCAAUAACACAGAUAAUUCACAUUAUGAUUUAUAUCACAGAAGUGUUUGUUUAUGAAUUAUUCUUAAUGAAUAAAAUUCAAGCUUA